UAAAACUUUCUGCAAUAAAUAAGUAUGAAAAUUACCACAAAUAUGAUGUCGAAUGUAGGUGAAAAUAAAAAUGUAAUCGUACAAAUGGUUCAUGAUUACAACGAUAGUGUGAAUAUGACUUUAGGCGAUUUAAAACGGCGUCUCAACGAUAUCAGGGAGGAGAAUCUUGAGCUCUCGAAAAACAUUGAAGAAUUGAAUCCCCAAGCCAAUGUGGAUGUGACGUCCGUGCCAUCCGAUUCUCAAAUUACGCAACAAUUUGCCCAGACAACGGUUAAAGCAUGCGAUUGGCACAUUAAAACAAAAUUGGAACAACUUCAAAUGGGCAAUGAAACUAUUGAAAUGAGAAUGAAAGAAGAAGUAUCACGACGCAAGCAAUCAUAUUAUGAUUAUCUAACGAAAGAUGAAGUAGCCUUGAAGCCUUAUCAUGAGGUGGAAGCUGCCACUGAAGAUCUUAAACAACUAAAGAUAAACGUCCAAGAAGAGUGCAAAACGAUUAAAGAACAAUCGUCCCAUCUUUAUCGGAAUCUUAGAGAGCAGUAUAGAGAAUUUAUUGAAAAUAUCAAGGUUUUGGAAAUACUAACUAACGAAUUGAGAUUGGAAGAAUCUAAUGGGCAUAGCUAUCUGACUGACAAAGUUUUUACGGCAAAUGUAAACUUCGAAGAUGAUGGGAAUGUUGACGAAUCUGCAAUCCAGCAUUUGCAAAAUGAGAUCAAAGAUUUGGAAACAGAAUUAGCUCAUUAUUCAGAAGACAAAUAAAAAAAUCCUAUUUUUUUAUGUAUGUACAAAAUUUAAUACUUAUUUUUAU